AUGCCCAGGGACAAAACUCGCGACCCAGCUCCGCCGCGUCGUUCACUGCGGUUGCGGUCGGCGAAUAUGUCGAAGGAGGAUGAAGAUGAGACAGCGAAGAAGACAAGUGUGAAGAAUGUGGCUAAGCCAACUUCAGCUACAUCGAAGGCAGCUGGGAAGGCUGCAAAGGCGAAGGCGGAGGAGACUGUGUCCGAGGAAAAGUCUUCACCUGGAGUUAAGACGGAGAAGGAGACUAAGAAACGGCCCGCCGAGGAGAGUGAAGAACCGGCGCCAGCACCCAAGGCGAAAAGGAGCCGGUGCAAGAAGGCUAUGGCUGCUGCUAAAGCUGCGUCUGUAGCUGAGACUAAGGAGCAGCCGUCGGAAGACAAGAAGGCAGACAUUUCUACAAUAAUCAGACCCUCAUCAUCCUCAGAUAGCACAGAAAGCGGUGAAAGGAAUUACUGGCUCAUGAAGGCCGAGCCCGAGACUCGUUUAGAGAACGGAGUGGACGUCAAAUUUUCGAUCGACGACCUAGCAGCGAGGACAGAGCCAGAGCCGUGGGAUGGCAUCCGCAACUACGCCGCCCGCAACAACCUCCGCGCCAUGAAAAAGGGCGAUCUUGCUUUCUUCUACCACUCCAACUGCAAGGAACCCGGCAUCGUUGGUACAAUGGAAAUUGUGCAAGAGCACUCGCCCGAUUUAUCCGCCCACGACCCCAAAGCCCCCUACUACGAUCCUUCCUCGGACCCAGCCAAUCCCAAAUGGAGUGUCGUGCAUGUCAAGUUCCGCAGUAAAUUCUCGGUCCCCAUCGGGCUGAAGGAGCUGCGGGACCUGGGAAAGCCGGGUGGCCCUCUCGAACACAUGCAGUUGCUGCGUCAGGGGAGGCUGAGCGUGAGCAAAGUGUCGAAGGCAGAAUGGGACUUCUUGAUGAACUUGGCGGAAGAGAAGGCGAAAGCGGUAGCGAAAUGA